CACCACACUAUUAUCUCUGACUCCAGCAACUGCAGUUCUUACUAUUUCCACACUGUGUUAUUUCUGACUCCAGCAUCGGCAGUUGUUACUAUGUCUGACGCCCGUGUUCUUUGUGUCUACGGUCGUGCCGCACAUGCGCAUGCUUGGUGUUCAUAACCACCUCUCCGAUUGGUGGAACGCGUAUUAUGAAUAACGCCGUGCCGGUCACCAAGCAUGCUUGGUAAGCAUAACGUCCCUGCCGGUCAUGCGCAUGCACCUCGUGCUACGUCCCUGCCGGUCAUGUGCAUGCUCGAUAUGCGUUACGGCCGUGCCGGCAACGCGCAUGCUCAGUGUGUUAUAGCGGGGGCUUGCACUCUGGCGGCUCCAUGGCGCUCAGUUUGGCGGAGCUCGAUGAUGUCCGCAUCGAUCCGGGCGGCGUCUUUAAAUACGUCCUCAUUCGUGUGUGGAGUGAAAGUGACAACCCCCAGGAGAAGACUAUCGUCCGCGGCUGGGCUUCGGCCGAGUAUCACGGGCUAUGGACGUGCAAAGCAUGAAAUCACAACAGAGCUCCUGAAAGCCAAGUAUCCAGACUACAAUGUGACCUGGGCGAAUGAGGGUUACUGACAUGUGGCCUGGGCCUGACUGCCGUGCAGCUGUUCUAGUGUAUGGAGCCUUGGCAGCAGUUCAACUUAUUUCCCUUGACUCUGAAGCCUCUUGUUGGAGAUGCGCUGAUCAUGUUUGUUUGCAAUCUGAAUUAAAGUAAAUUAUCACUGAA